AUGUGUUGGGCGUUUCUGUUAAUCGAGGCUCUGUUGCUAGUCGAAAUCAACGUCGGCUUACAAAUGAAGAAGAAGUUUAAAGAAGAAAAAGACAACACGUUAGAAGUAUUGUCUAUUAGAACCAUGGCCCAGGAGACACUUGGAGAAUUUGGUGGGGCCUUAGCAACCAUGACAUAUGUAUUCUUAGGUUACACUUGUGUGAUAGCCUACUGUUCCAAAUCGGGCGAGAUCAUACAUCGUUUGAUUGGCUUCUUUCCGGAGCCGAUUUGUGGAGCUUUAUUUGCGUUGUUAUUUACAGCUCUGAUUUCUGUGGGUGGAACGCGAGCAACUGAUCGAGUGAACCAGUGGCUAACUGUGAUCAUGAUAGGUCUGCUUAUAGCAAUAGAGGCUCUAGCCGUGGUGUUCGGAGGUUGGUCUGGGUUCGAGGGAAGCCACUGCGACUGGGGAAAAGUUCCGGAAACUUUUCCAGUAAUGAUAUUCGCAUUGGUUUAUCACGACUUAGCUCCAGUUUUAUGUGCGUAUUUGGAUAAUGACAUUUCACGUAUAAGGGCUUCGGUUUUCAUCGGGAGUGUGGUGCCAUUAGUAGCAGUUCUUAUUUGGGAGGCCAUAGCUCUUGGCCUUUCCACCCAAACUGAUCAAACUUCUGAUCCAAUUGAGUUGCUUUUAAAUGUGAGAUGGGGAGGGGUCCCAUUUAUGGUCGAGGCAUUUUCGCUUCUUGCAGUCGGGACUUCAUUACUCGGCACACUUUUGGGCUUCUCGGAGUUUUUCAAAGAGCAACUCAAUAUUCUUUCCUCGGAUUUUCAAACAGCACGGCUACGUGAGAAAUCGAACUCCACUUCUGCUGACAUCAGCAAUUGGUGGGAGAAAAAUAAAUCUAGUGUGACAGCAAUGGCAAUGGCAGUUGUACCUUCACUUCUCGUGUCGACAACUAUACCAGAUGCAUUCUCCACCGCCACAGAAAUUGCUGGAGGCUACUGCAUGACAGUGUUGUAUGGAGUUCUUCCUCCGGCCAUGGCAUGGGCCAUGAACGAGAAGCGAUUAGGCCGAAAAAUCGAACGAACGCCAAUAUUGACAGCAAGGCCAGCACUCGUUGGUGCGGGACUAUUUGCUUGCGCGAUUGUCGCCGAACAGAUUUUUCAAGAUUUCUCUUGUUUGUUUCCCUGA